AUGGAGACCCUCGGGAAGGGAUGGCUGUCGCACAGGCUCGUGCUGUGCUGUGCCUUCUGGGGACUCUGCCUGGCCUCUCCAGACUACGAUGAUUACUCUCAGAACAGCACCGAGGAGCAGGUAACGACGCCAGAGAUCACACCGUGUCCCCGAGCCAUCCCCGGGGAAAAGGCGACCAUCAACAACGUCACGUACCUGCUGAUACACGAGGCCACGCGCGCUCAGCUGGGCAGCGCCGUCACCGUGCGGCUCAUCCCCUGCCUCUACACCCUCGUCUUUCUGGUGGGGCUGCCUUCGAACGGGCUGGCCCUGGGGGUCCGGGCAGCCACCAGGGCUGAGAAGCUGACCUCCACUGUCUUUCUGAUGAACUUGGCUGCAGCAGAUCUGCUGCUCACAUUGGUGCUGCCCUUCAAGAUUUUCUACUAUUUCCUGGGGAACAACUGGCCCUUUGGGGAAGGCCUGUGCCGGCUCACCACAGCUUUCUUCUACGGGAACAUGUACUGCUCAGUGCUGCUGCUCACGUGCAUCAGUGUCGACCGGUACCUGGCUGUGGUGCAUCCUUUCUUCUCGCGUUCUUUCCGCACUCCCGCCUUCGCCGCCCGCACCUGCGCUGCCGUCUGGCUCUGCGCUGCCGUCCUCACCCUGCCCCUGACCCUGCAGCAGCAGUCGUAUCCCCUGUACGGAGCAGACAUCACUCUCUGCCACGAUGUUCUCCCCAGGCACGAGGAUGACGGGUAUUACUUCUACUACUUCAUCUGCCUGAUCGCCUGCGCCUUCCUCGCGCCUCUGGCAGUGAUGCUGUUCAGCUACUGCUCAGUGCUGCGAGCCCUCCUGGACAGUGGGAAGAAGUACUCCUACUCUAUGAAGCUCACAGCUCUCGUGCUGUUCAUGCUUGUGGCCUUCUACACACCCAGCAAUGUUCUCCUCCUUGUUCAUUACUCCAGCUAUAACUCCAAGCUGUACGGCAACCUGUACAUCAGCUACAUGGUGAGCCUGGCCAUCAGCACCUGCAACAGCUGCGCUGAUCCCUUCGUCUACUACUACGUUUCCGAAGACUUUCGAGAUAAGGUGAGAAAGAGAUUCUUCGGUCACAGAAAACAAAACACCACGUCCCUAAAAACCUCCAAGGAAACACUCCCUCAAAAAAGUUCCAAAGAGUCGCUGGUGUAA